AUGACCGAAGGCAGAAAGAGAAAGUUGUCAGAUUCGCUCCCUGAGGACCCACCGCCAUAUGAGCACGGCGAACUCCCUGCUAAGCUAGCCAACAAGCUGCCGCUAGUCGGAGCUGCCACGGUCUCGGAGUCCGCUAUCAGUGCAGAAGCCACUGGCAGCCCAACCACACCAGACUUGCCUCGCCAGGAGAAUGAUGAAAGUGCUGUUUCCGCCGCCGAAGUACUUGCAAACCUUGCCCACUCGCCAGGGCCUGCGGAUUCCAACCCGGACUCCUCCAUAACCUCACCCAUGUCUACCACAUCGUUGACCGACUUGGAGCGCCAACAACACCCUAUCGUGCUGUCUGUGAGUGCUGUGAGUAAACUUCCUAUCGUGACAAAUGCGGUGAAAUACUAUGAGGACUCUAAGCGUAACUAUGCGCCGUUUAACUAUGCUGCGGGUAUUGUCGAGAAGGCAGCCAUGCCAGUGUUCAGUAAGAUUGAGGUGAACCUUAACAGCAUGCACCAGGCGAAGCUCCACGAAGCUCGCAGGCAGAAGAAACGUCGUGUGGUGCUGCCUACGGAAAAGACAGAGACUAAGAAGCGGUUGAAGUUCUGCUUACAUAUCUUGAAGCUCGCUAACAGACAGAUAAACGACAGGGUCAACUGUCUCCAGCGUGCCAUUCAACCCGACAGUCCUGUCAGUGACCGCCAUCAGGAACAGCUCUCUACUCCUCAACUGGAGGAAAAACACGAUGAUACCCAUGUUCUCACGCGGCCAGAGGCCCGGCUGGAGACGGACUUGACGGCGGUGAACUCGUCUCGUCUGGAGUACUCUGCAGACCCGCAGGAAACCCAGACUGAGAUUGUCACUACGGUCAAGAAGAUCAUUCACGUCAUUUCCAACUUCCGUCCUUCAUCCUUGGUUGCCGAUAAAGGCCCCGGUGGUGAAGGUUUGGAGAGCGAGGACUACAGGCUCAAGUCGACCAUCAGGGAAAUCAUUCUCAAUUUGCCCAACCAGGUACAGACGAAUGCGGCUAGCUCAUCGCAGACUAACGACAAGAUAGUUACAUUUGCCAAAGAAUCACUCAACAUGAUUGGCAGACUAACGACGGUAUUCAACAACCAGCUUGAAAAGGCUGAAAGUUGGGUAGAUGGCGAGGAGACUGCGGGAGAAGAGAACGACGAAGGUGAGAUCCAGCCGCUGCUGCACCAGGUGCAUGACGAGAAAAGCUCAACUUCUCACGAAGAAAGACCUGUCAAGACAGAGACACGCGAUGUGGUUCAGCAGUAG